CCGACAGUCACUGGAUACUGAUCUUCAUGCUACGCCGGGUGUACCAACAUGGCAGCCCCCUUGUGCAGCCUCACGUGAUCAGUGCUGCACAGCUGCCUGUAACGUUCUGCAGUCUCGGAGGAUCGCACUUUACGGCUGUAUAGUGAUGGCGGCGUACGAGGGCAGUUUUGAAAGUGCGAGCAGUAUAGAAGAGAGGAAGGAGAGUAAGAGGAGAGCCCGGGAACAGAGGGUGGCCCAGGCUAAAGAAGAAUAUGAAAAGGAAGAAAGCAAGAAGGAACAGAGGCGGCUGAGAGGAGAAGACACGUGGAUGCUGAAUGAUGUCUGCGAGCGCCUUUCACAGAUUGAGCAGGAAGAUUCUGGAAAGAAGAAAAAAAAGGACAAACAUCAGAAAAAGUCCAAGAAGGAGAAAAAGAAAAAAAGCAAGAAAGAGAAAUCGGAAAGGAAAGGCAGCCCCUCGGGUUCUUCUACGGAUUCUGAGGGAGAAUGGGUUGUGGCUGCCCCAGCCAGUGAAAACAAGGCAUGGCAAAUCCAGAAAGAUCCCCCGCAAAGUAAAGUUGGCCCAGCACUGGAGAGGGAUGAGUGGAUGACCUUCGACUUUACGUCUAUGCGAGCGACAUCAGCAGCUGAAUUAAGAGCCGAGAGACAGAAGGAGAAAACACUGGAGCGUGAAAAAGUUGAGGCUGUUGAAAAGGAACAGCUGCAAGCCAGGGAAUUAAACCCGUUUUGGAAGGAUGGAGGUUUAGGAAUGCCACCAGAGGAGGGGGAUGUAACCUCACUUAAGAAAGUUCAGCAUGUUGAAGAUGGUGGCCUGAGCUGGUUAAAAAAGUCCCUGCAGAGGAUGAAGGAACAGGCAGAAAGGGAAAAGCGGAGCCUGGAAGAUGUUGUUUCUGAAAGAUAUGGGUCUAUGGAAAUCUUCCAAAGUAAAAUGGAAGCUGCAGAAAACAUUGCAUCACAGAAUUCUAAAGGAGAGCAAGACGACCGAUGGGAAAGGUGGAGGAAACCCAGACAUCGUGACUAUGAGUCUCAAAGGUCAGCAAGACCAGAUCGUUCUGCAGACUAUGAGAGACGGCGAGAUAAAUAUGAGGGAUCCCGUGACAGAUAUUCCAAUAGGGAUGAUCGAGCACGUAAUUCAGACAAAACAAAGGACGACGAGAGAGACUCAAAGGGCGAAAGAGGUGGAGCUGAACGUAGAGAAUAUCUGGCCAAACGCGUAGAAGAGGCUGCUGUCCCAAACAAUCGUUCUUCGAAACUCAAAAAUGCGUUCCUAAAACCAUCUGAAGAUGAUCUGUCAUUUGCUACUGGGUUAAAGCCACAGAAAAAUAAGGCUGGUUUCUUAAAACCUGAAACUGAUGAGACUCGGUCAUUGUGGAAAAGGAGAGUAGAAAGCCACAGGGAGGAAAAAAAACAAUCUAAGGUGGCAGACGAUGAAAUCAACCAAACAACUGAACCAAGAGAAUCUACUGACAAGGAAAAGAGCCUGCCGGACUCGCCACCACCUCCAAGACCCGAUACACCACCACAGCCAGCUCAGAUACUUACGGAGGAAGAGAUGAAUAGGCUUGGAGCCAAAAUUGUCAAAGCAGAAAUAAUGGGUAACAUGACUUUGGCUUCAAAACUUCGAGCUGAGUUGGAAGAAGCUCGCCAACAGAGACAAAACCAAGCACGAGCUCCCAUGAAAGUCAAAAGUGAGAAAUCAGAGGAAUCGAGCUCCAGAGAAGAUCAAGAGGUUCUCCUUAUCAGAACGGAUCAGUCAGGAAGAGCCUGGCCUGUGAACUCUUCUGGGGAACCAGCAGAGCCAAAGGGAGGAAGGAGAAAGAGACAGACGGUAGAAACGCAUGUUGAUAAGGAGCGGGUUCGUUAUUUUCAUGACGAUGACAACCAGAGUCUCCAUGAUCUGGUGAAGAGAGAAAAGAUGGGAACAGCCGAAGACCAGAAUAAACUCUUUAUGAGGAUGGCUUCAAAGUUCAGGGAAAAGACUGACCAGGAAUAUUACACCCUGGAUGACAUGUUUGUCUCCAAAGCAGCAAAGAAGGAACAUUCUAGUGAGGAGGAGGAGAGGGAAAGACAACAGGCGAUAUCUGAGCAUCGUAGACUGGCUGCCAGAAUGGAGAAAUGCCGCUUCUGUUUUGACAAUGCUGAGCUUCCAAAACAUCUUAUCGUUGCUAUUGGUGUCAAGGUUUAUAUGUGUCUUCCGAACCACCUCUCUCUCACAGAGGGACAUUGUUUGAUUGUGCCUCUACAGCACUGCAUUGCUGCUACAUUAGUGGAUGAAGAUAUUUGGAAUGAAAUGCAGAUGUUCCGUAAAGCACUUGUUAAGAUGUUUGCCGAGAAAGGACUUGAUUGCGUGUUUUUGGAAACUAAUAUUAACCUGAAGAAGCGUUUGCAUCUAGUAUAUGAAUGCAUCCCUCUUCCUAAGGAAAUAGGAGAGAUGGCUCCCAUAUAUUUCAAGAAAGCAAUCAUGGAAUCUGAUGAAGAAUGGUCUAUGAAUAAGAAGCUGAUUGAUCUUUCAACAAAGGAUGUUCGGCGAUCGGUUCCUAAAGGUUUGCCAUAUUUUUCAGUGGAUUUUGGACUACAAGGAGGAUUUGCACAUGUUAUUGAAGACCAUAACAAGUUUCCGCAUUACUUUGGCAAGGAGAUCAUUGGUGGCAUGCUGGACCUGGAGCCCAGAGUCUGGAGAAAGGCCGUUCGUGAAAAUUUUGAUGAUCAGAGGAAGAAGGUCUUGCAGUUUGCCCAGUGGUGGAAGCCAUUCGAUUUUACUAAAGCUAAAGAAUAACUUAUCCAUGUAUUUAUUUUUAUAUUACACCGUUGUGUGUAUUUUAGGAGUGUACAUGUUUUUUUUAUAUCUGGAAUUUGUACAAAGUACUUCAAUAUUUAAUAAAUUGUCAGUGAAGGUUUACUGAGGAGGCUCUUUCAUAAAAACAUGCCCCUAUAGCAACCGGCCUGCUAUAGGGGAAUGCGAAGAGGAGGAGCCAGGAGCGCCAGUGGGGGACCCAAGAAAAGGUGGGAUCGGGGGCUGCUCUGUGCAAAACAAUUGCACAGAGCAGAUAAGUAUAAGAUGUUAUUAACAAAAUAAAUAAAACCUUUAAAAUCGCUUUAAGGUGGCUGGUUUCAAAUGAGCCUUCCAGGUAACUUUCAGUUUUGUGACAUUGUUCUUUAAAUGAACCCCACCCCAUGAGUGUAGCAUUCACCCCUGCUUCCACAGUCUUUACUGUGUGGUCCUGCCUGGCUCCAUCCAAAACAAUCCUGGUCAGGCUCUAUCCUAGUCUCGUGCACAUGGAACCACAUUAAUUUCUAUGAAUGUUUUGUUCUCCGCUGGAUGGCCGAGAACAAAAACAUUUAACCAUUAGAUAUACUUUUGCUAAAAAAAAAGUGUUUACGUGACUAAUAAUCUGAAACCAGUGUCAUGGAUGCACUCUGUAUUAAAUGUUUUUUUUUGUAAAAUAAAGAUUUUCUGUAAAUAAAAAAUAUAAA